GGCCAACUGAAUCGCCCCAAGGUGGCCGCUCUCAGCCCCUCGGCGACCUACCGGGCCGCACGCUCCAGGUCAAGGCCCACAAGCCCCCGGCGGCCGGCCUCCGAGCCCCGCUUCCAGGCCCUUCCGGGGGCCGGCGCCCUUUGCCCCCGGAAGUGGGCGGGAGAGGAAGCGGCUGGUGAUGCUGGAACAAACAUGGCCGCCCCGGCGCCAGUCGGCCCUUCGGGCUCCCGCCGUCCCCCGCUGGCCGCCGGCCUCCGGCUGCUGCCGCUGCUGGGGCUGCUGCAGCUGCUGGCUCAGCCCGGCCUGGGCCGCGUCCACCACCUGGCGCUCAAGGACGAUGUGAGGCAUAAGGUUCAUCUGAACACCUUUGGAUUCUUCAAGGACGGGUACAUGGUGGUUAAUGUCAGUAGCCUUUCAGUGAAUGAACCUGAAGGAGCCACAGACAAGGACACAACCAUUGGAUUCAGCCUGGACCGUACAAAGAAUGACGGGUUUUCUUCCUACCUGGAUGAAGAUGUGAAUUACUGUAUUUUAAAAAAAAAGUCCAUCUCCGUCACCCUUCUAAUCCUAGACAUCUCCAGAAGCGAGGUGAGAGUAAGAUCUCCACCAGACGCUGGUACCCAGCUACCAAAGAUCAUCUUCAGCAAGGAUGAGAAAGUCCUUGGCCAGAGCCAGGAGCCUGGUGUUGACCCUGUUCCAGCGGGCAACCAGACUCAGCAGAAACAAGACGGUGGAAAGUCUAAAAGAAGCACGGUAGAUUCCAAGGCCACGGGAGAAAAAUCCUUUUCUGUUCACAACAGCGAUGGGGCAGUUUCUUUUCAGUUUUUCUUUAACAUCAGCACCGAUGACCAAGAAGGCCUCUACAGUCUUUAUUUUCACAAAUGCUCCGGGAACGAAUUGCGGUCUAGCGACGAGCUCUCCUUCAGCCUUGAUAUUGAGAUCACAGAGAAGAACCCUGACAGCUACCUCUCGGCAGGAGAGAUCCCUCUCCCUAAAUUAUACAUCUCUAUGGCCUUUUUCUUUUUCCUUUCUGGGACCAUCUGGAUUCACAUCCUUCGAAAACGACGGAAUGACGUAUUUAAAAUUCACUGGUUGAUGGCAGCCCUUCCUUUCACCAAGUCUCUUUCCCUGGUGUUCCACGCGAUCGACUACCAUUACAUCUCCUCCCAGGGCUUUCCGAUCGAGGGUUGGGCUGUCGUGUACUACAUCACUCACCUUUUGAAGGGGGCACUGCUGUUCAUCACCAUCGCGCUCAUCGGCACCGGCUGGGCUUUCAUUAAGCACAUCCUCUCCGACAAAGACAAGAAGAUCUUCAUGAUCGUCAUCCCGCUGCAGGUUCUGGCAAACGUGGCCUACAUCAUCAUAGAGUCCACCGAGGAGGGAACGACGGAGUACGGCCUGUGGAAGGAUUCUCUGUUUCUGGUAGACCUGCUGUGCUGUGGGGCCAUCCUCUUCCCCGUGGUGUGGUCAAUCAGGCAUUUACAAGAAGCGUCAGCCACAGAUGGAAAAGCUGCUAUUAACUUAGCAAAGCUGAAACUUUUCAGACACUAUUACGUCUUGAUCGUUUGUUACAUCUACUUCACCAGGAUCAUCGCAUUUCUCCUCAAACUCGCCGUUCCGUUCCAGUGGAAGUGGCUGUACCAGCUCCUGGACGAAAUGGCCACGCUGGUGUUCUUUGUCCUAACGGGAUGUAAAUUCCGUCCGGCCUCAGACAACCCCUACCUGCAGCUCUCUCAGGAGGACGACCUGGAAAUGGAAUCAGUAGUGACGACGUCAGGGGUGAUGGAGAAUAUGAAGAAAGUCAAGAAGGUGACCAAUGGGUCAGUGGAGACCCCAGGCGACUGGGAAGGCACCGCGUGAUGGAGCAGCCUGGCGGCGGGGACUGUCGAAGAGAACAUUUAAUUUAUUAAUAGUCCUAGUGGUGAGCGGGGGCGGUCGGCACCUCCCGACGGUGACACCACAGAGCACGUGGCCGGGAACAAAGCGCCACGGAAACCUAAUUUUUUACUCUCUUCUAUGGAAACUGGACCUGUGGCUGGUUAUAGGCAGCUAGAAAUCUCCUUCAGGUGGGAAUGGUUGGGGGCGGGGGCAGUGUAGCCAGGGGGAGGAUAAAAGGAAGACUCUGUUUUUAAUUUAUAUUUCUUUCUUUUUUUCACUGGGAACUCUCCGGAAAUAGGUAGUCACGCCCCAGGUGUGUCACGGUAGAGACCUUGGGGGAGGGGGCAGGGGGGCGGCGGUGCGAGGCCAGAGCUGGUCACGGCUCGGGAGCAGGGUCGCAGGGGCUGAGCAGGGGCUGAGGAUACAGGGACAGAGAAGGGAAAGAGAACAUAUCGUCGCAGCUUUGGGGGACAAAAAGGAAUGAAGUUAGGUUAUUUUAGAAAGCAAAGCCCAAGCCCAAUUUAGUUAUACGGAGCCUGCCCCAGGAUUCCUGGCCCAGAGUGUCGCCCCAGACCUUGAUCCCAGAUUCUGAAAGUGACCAGGAACCAGCAGCUCUAGAGGCCCGGUGGUCGUCUUCCCAAAGGGGCUCUGUCAUCUGAGGGCUGAGUGUCACUGUUAGAGUCACGGCUCUGGGACCGUGGUAGGAAGUGCUUUUCUUGAUUGAAGGGUAUUUAGUGUUGUCUGAUGGGUGGGCAGAAAUGUAUUUUUCAGCUCAAAAAGCAUCUUCCAGUAGGGUUUCCUCAAACAGCUGGCUCCUCUGACCGCCCAGAGCAGGGCCACCUCGCUUCCCUCUGUGCUUGUGUUCGCGUCUGUCUCGUGUCCUCAGAACCCGGGGAGACAUGGGGAGGAAUCUUCCUUAAGGAGCAGCUGGGGGCAGAAAACGUAGCGUUUAAGCAAGUACUUAAGUACAACUAAGUCAUCAUCAUUAAAAAGCUUUUGCUGUAAACCGGGUAGGCUUUCUAACAGGAACGGAACAGACUCGUGCCUGUAUCCCCGGAGCGUGCAUGCGAAGAGAGCGGGUGUGGUUGAGCAGACCUUUACCCUCAGGGACUGGCGAUGGCGAUGGCGAGUUCUUCCUCAGACCCCUCAGAGGGCCCCUCCCAACUCCCAGAGCCUAGAGAUGGACGCAGGUAGCCGCUUCCUGGGGGGACCGGUGGUGCAGCUGGUGGCGAAGUCAUUUGGAUAACGGGCCAAGCUCGGAACGUCCGCUGUGACGCAGGGAAGGAGGGCUUGGCAAUAAUUUCCCAACGUGGUUUUGGUCGCACGGGCCUGGGGCGGGAGGCUGAAACGCGGCCUCGUCGGGAAUGCUCCCAGGGUACCGGGACCCCUUGCCUGCCUGGGCCUCUCGGGGGUGGACAGCGGCCGUCUCCCGGGGUGGUUUUCUCACCCCUGGCUUGGAGGAGUCCAUCAGAAGCCGCAGGAUUUGGGGGUGGCACUCAGGAUCCCAGGCUUGGGCACCUGAGCAGAGUCCUCAGAAAGCGGUUGUUUUCCGUCUCCUGGGCCGCUUUCUCUUCCGGAUGAAGGGGCGGGAGAGUUUUCACGUGCUCACCUUAGUCCCCUCUGUGGUCUGUGAGGCUCUUCCUGCUCGAAGUUCUGUCGUGACCAGGCCUGUGGUGCAAGGAGGCUCCUUCCCGGGCCGCUGCCGCUGCUGACCCUGCCACAGAUUAUAGGGAAGGGGCCAUGUGUCUCCCCACCUUCAGGAGUGAAGAAAUCUGCCCAAAGUAUUUACUUAAGGGACCUUUUCUGUUUUCCUUCCUUCCUCCCUCCCUCCCUCCCUCCCUCCCUCCCUCCCUCCUUUUCUUUCUGUCUCUGUAGUCAGGUUGGGGCUACAGGACAGAAGGAAGUUGCAGGGAGGACGGGAACAUUAAGACUUUGCUUUCGUGGCAUAAACACGGUUCCAGCGCUUCUGAAAUGUGUCUUGUGCUGUGGCCCAAACCCCCGUAGGCACUUCCCUCUGAGGGACGCAUCCGCUGUUUGUCCUGCGAGCAGAUGUUCUAGAGCAGGCCGUAGACUUCUUGGCAGGACCCAAAAGUGCAACGAAAGCUUCCCCCUGGAAGGGUCCCCAUGGAAGCGAAGCAGUGAGGGAGUGAGGGAGGAGGAGAGCGGCCGUGGGCACCGCCGGCCUCACGGCCGUCCCGGAACCGGCCGUGGCGCCCGCCUUCCUCUGGCAGAGCCCGAGCCUCAGCCACCACGGCGGGCGUGAGCCAGCGCGUUGGGCUUCUCUGUGCGACACGUGUGCCUCUCGGCUCGCGCACACCGCAGCUGAGUGGCCGCAUGUGACCACCUGACCCCUCCGGAACCGGACGGUGCAGGCGAGAUAAGGCAGUGAUUUAGGAAUAAAGGCUAACAAGUGGGUCGUCUGCCCGCAGCCCGUGUUGUGACUGGCAGGUGUGAAGUGAGGCCAGGGAUCCAGAAGAAUCAAAACCCCCGCCCAAGAUGGGGAAAACUGGUUCUCCCACAUUUUUACAAGUUAUUUGUGCCCUCCAUCCUGUCCUGUAAAAAUAUCCUCUCUUUGUCCGUCACGGAGUAGCUGUGGCCAGCGUUCAGCUCUGCCCCCGAGGGAAGGGGACCGACCGAUGGGUUCCAAGCCAGGCAGGUGCGCCGGCCCCUCCAGCAGCCCGGUAUUCACGGCUACGCGGGCUCCCAGGGACGCGGGGCUACAGCGGUUAAGCCCUUCGGUAUUCCAGGGAUCGGGCGGGAGGGACUGGGUGCACGUCGUGGAGGGAUCGGCAGUAUUUAUGGCUUUGUUUUGUGCUCCAGCUGCCUGUUUCUGCCUACGCCUGCUACCCGUGCCUCCUUUGAGAGCUCUGCUGUGGACGGGAAGUGCGGCAGGCCGCGGAAGGUCAGGAAGUAAGGGGGUCUGUCUUCCUCCGAUGAGGUGUGUGCGUUUUGCUAGAAAGCUACUACUUCGACGAUAAGAACAGUCAUCGAUCUCUUAGUCCUGGCUCUUAACAGUGGCCGGGGACUCCACCAGCCUCCUCGUCGGUUCCUUGCUGCUUUAAUUUCAGUAGCAGCGCACUUGAACCUGCCGAAUGCAACUCGGGUGAAUCGGAGGCCCAUUCUCCCCUUAGGAGGUGCUUCCUCUAGUGUAAAAACUGGUUUCUCAGGUCAUAGCCCGAGUCCGUUCCGUUUUCUUCCAAGAAACCACUUUGGAGUAAAAUAUCCAGGUUUGGUUUGCUUUCGCCCGGACACAGCCGGCCAGCCAGCCCCAGCAGCGCGGUCUCGUCGUAAGUCUGCUCCGAGCGCCUGUCGAGGCGAGAUUUCUGCGCCUGCCUUACGAUCUCAUCGGGAUAUCUGCUCCGUCCUGUUCCACAGCUGCCCUCCUUCCUCCCCCUCCGCCUCCCCCUCCCCCUCCCCCUCCUCCCCACACCUCUCUUCCUCCCGCCUCAGCCCACGGCUAUCAAUUCCACGGAGGCUCCGUCUGGGAAUACGGGCCGAAGGCUUUGGUGCAUUGCAGCAUUUGCUCCCAGUAGCUGUGUGAAGGAUGUACUUCCUGAGCUAAGGAGAAUUUUGUCCAGAGCGUAGGUACUAUGCUGUGUUUUAUGCUUUGGAUCCCUGCACUCAAAGGCGUUCUUAUUUAAUGCUGAGGAGUCUGUUACCAGCAGCCAGUCCUUACGGACCAACAAGAGCGUGAAAGAUGCCUGUUUGAACUGCGAGUGGCGUUCUGGCCGUCUCCCACAUUCUGUGGCAUCUUCUCCGAGGAAGGUCCUUAGCGCGUUUGACGGUCCGAUGACGUGGUUGGUCCCGCUCCAUAGCGCCCGUGGAACAGCGGAACCAGUUACGGCUCCUGCUCACAAGGCGCCGAAUUCCACGGGAGGCAGACCCCAGCCCCCUCCUCGGCCCAUUCCCACACUCCAUGCUCCCCGCUUUGCUUCCCCCUGACCUGCCCCGGCCUUCUCACAGACUGAGGGUGUGCUGAGUGCACGGCGCCCCUGGCCUCCUGCCUGUUCCUCCUGUUCAGGAUUCCGUAAACGAGUAGCUUCCGCACGAAAGACGUUAGGCUUCGACUUGCUCCUUCUUGGUCUGUCGGGAAGGUAUUCAUCUGGAACGUACCAUAUGUUCCAAAAGAUCACUCUUUACUCCAGGUUUCUCCAGGGUGUCUUGGGCUGGAAGUCUUUAAAAGAGACCCGCCUGAGUUGAUGCUAAUACUUGGCACGCCUGGAAUGUGGUUCCUGACUGGCGUACUGACCACGCCAGGGUCCGCAGGGCCCUCCUCUUACAGCCUGGCGUUGCAGCUGUGCCCCGCUGUGGGGUUUGUGCUUGAAAAAUGCCUCUCGGUGGUUCUCUGCUAGGGCGUGGGACAUGUACAUCCCCUGAGGUACCGUGUGAGGGAAGCAGGCUGGCAGAGAGGGACCAGGCGUUCAGGGAGCAGGGAUCUGGUCGGGCUGCACCGGGGACUGUUGGAAUUCUGGGGGCAGGAAGUCUGCAGGCAGGCCCUCUGGGAAGGAGGAGUGCUGGACAAAGUCAGCAAGGGUCAAAGUGAGACAGAAAAGCUAACUCGCUUCCAAAACAGUAAGCUGAUUUCGAGGCAAGCCUUGAGGUUUUGCGGUGGACAGCCAAGUCAGACGGGCGGGGGGCGGGGCAGAGAGUCAACCUUCUUAGCAUUUAAGACACUUAAUACAAAAGGAUCCCCAAAUCUUGUCCACGUGGGGGCGGUUCUUGACGCCCUAAGCAGCUUUUGCCCACCGUAAUUUGGAUUUGCCUGGUCACGUGACCUCCAAAGAAGUCAGACACAUCCAGUCCAGGAGUAAGUUUCAUUUGGGGGACAAAAUGUCUGUAAAUAUCAUUUGCUUUUCAGGUUAGAUUGGGAUGCAGGAGUUUGCAGUAUUUUUUUUUUUUUUUUAACACUGCUGAUCACGGAAAAGUAUUUAUGUAAACAUGUAACGGGUGGGGCUUCCAAUCAGGGUGACGUCUGGGAUGGAUUCUCUUGCUGUGAUGCAAACAUAGUACAAUAAAGAUUCUCUGACGGAAAGGUA